AUGACAUCUCUUUCAAAUGCUUUGGCAAUGGGUUGUUUUCCGAAAGCAAAAAACCAUGCUUCGAGAAUGGCUUUUCGGAAAAAUUCUUUUGGCAGACGUCCUGGCACGCCUUCACGGCGAGGCGGUAAACGAACAGAUGAUAAAGAAAAUGUGGAAGUAGUUUGCCGUUUAUGUCCAUAUAAAGGUAAUGAUCCUUGCGUGAUACCAAUCGACGAUGAGCACGUUCGAUUUGUUCAACCUGCUUCCAUGCAGUCCAGGAACGGAAUACCGUUGGAAGCUACUUACGAAUUUUCAUAUGUCUUUGAUGACAGUGAUAGUCAGCGGGUAGUGUUUGAGCGUACUGCUUUGGAUUUGAUCGAAAAUCUUAUCCGUGGAAAGAAUUCACUACUUUUUACUUACGGAGUUACUGGAAGUGGUAAAACUUACACAAUGACUGGAAACACCGAGGAAGAGUCGAUUGGGAUUCUUCCACGUACUCUCGACGUCAUAUUUAAUUCGCUGAUCAACCGUGCGGAUAAAUGUGUUUUCAAACCGGAUGGACGUAAUGGUUUUAUUGUACGGGACGAGUUUGAAUCAGCACUCGCACGACGACGCCUGGAGCUCGAACGUUCCGAUAAUGGAGUCGAAUUAGCAAAUCGCUAUGUUGAACGCCGGAGGGUUAGUGGUGCUAACCCGGAUUUGGCUUGUGCAAUAUUCGUUUCCUACAUCGAAAUCUAUAAUGAAGUUUGUUAUGAUCUUCUUGAGAAACCCCUCCUCAAAUCGGAUGGUAGUAAGACGCUGUCUGGUAAGGAUAUCAGGCUAGGUGCCAAUAAUAUGUUUUACGUGAGUAAUGCAACUGAAAUUGAAGUGGAUUCAAGUGAUGAAGCAUUGGAACAAUUCUACCGAGGACAAGAGAGACGACGUGUUGGGGAUACGUUAUUGAACAAGCAGAGCAGCCGUUCACACUCCAUAUUUAACAUUCGCGUGGUAAUGGCACCUUAUCUUCCAGAUACAUGUUACCCUGAUGCGGAUCCUACCAAGAUACAUGUUAGUCAGUUAUCACUGGUUGACCUGGCUGGUUCGGAACGUACAAAAAGAACGGGCAAUGAAGGAGCACGCCUAAUUGAAAGCAGUAAAAUAAAUCAAGGACUUUCAGUUCUUCGCCAGUGUUUUGAGAAGUUGCGGGACAAUCAGCUGCGUGAUAAAGCAGCCGCAAUUUCGUACAGAGAAUCCAAAAUAACGCACCUCUUUAAAAACUCUUUCGAAGGAACGGGAAAAGUACGCAUGAUUAUUUGUUUGAAUCCAAGACCGGAAGACUUCGGUGAGAAUCAGGGUGUGUUAAAAUUUGCGCAAGUGUCAAAAGAUAUUGCGGUUUCGGAAGGAAAUGAAGUUAUGCCACCGUUUGAAUCAGGUUUCCCAGUCAGUCGUCGUAAUUUUCUGAAAUGGUUAAACGAAUUAGGACCUCUACAUAUCUCGGACAAAGCAAUGCCUUCUUUUCCAUCACCACCACCGUUCAGUGUUUCGGGUUCGGAAGAUACAAAGUCGAUUGCUCGAUUACGCCAGUACUAUCAACACUGUGCACAGGAAUAUAGUUCUUUGCAUGCAGUAUUUGAACGCAAAACAGCUGAAAUGGAGCAACACUUGCAACGGGCCUUGUGUACCGUCGAUUUGCAAGAAGUGCGCAUUCAAGAACUUGAAGCGGAAAGGGAUGAAACAGAACGACUUCUAUCAACAUUGACAUAUAAGUUGAAGCAAAUGCGGCGUGAAAACUUGACUUUACGUCAACGUUUGGAACAUUGUGAGUCGGAGGAGACCGAGAAGUUAAAUCAAGAAGAGGAACAUAGACGUCGUGAAAGAUUGUACCAAGAACAGCUUCGUAAAAAAGAAAAAACACUCCAUCAGGUACGUGAAAUAUGUGAAAGACCGCUUGUUUCGUCAACUAAGCAUUUCAAAAGCAUUGAAAACAUUCAUAAUAUGGCCGCAGCAGAUGGUGGUAGUUCGAUUAGUGAUGCCAAGACCACACAAAAUGAAGAAUUGUCAACACCUCACCGUGUUGCGCUUGCAAGACAGAAGUGGGAAGCGCGGACUGCGAAUCAAAAUGCUUCAACAAAAGCUCACAUUGGUUAUUACAAUGGACGAUUUCACAGAAGAUCCAAAAGUGCGAACUGUAGAGUGAUUGACCAUCAGCCUCGAAAUCGCAUUCCUGAAGGAACGAUCUUGCAACCACGAAUGCCUAAAUUUUCUAAAACUACGAAUAAAUUAAGUGUGGAAGAAUUGAGAAAAUGCUCUGAUUAUGUGCUGACACAUCAGGAAGUUGAUCCAAAGGGUUAUCUCACUACACAGGUUGUUAAGGGUGAAUGUAUCCCAACUGCUGGAGGAGGCACAGCAGUUCGUUUCAAUGAUGUGGAACGAUUGUCGCACGAGUCACCAAAUGUUUAA